AUGCUUUUCAGCAAGUCGUUCUUGUAUUCGGUUCUUGUCGUUUCCAGCCUCACGUCAAAAGUUGUCCAUUUGAGCAGUCACCGUUCGUCAUUACCGAUUCUUCUCUUCGUUCUUUAUCUCCCGACAUUCUUCCUUCCGGACGCUGUGAUUAUCAUCGGCGGUCGAUUGCUGCUUUCAUCACGACCUAACGCCAGCCUCAUUUCCAACUUCGCAUCUUUCAUCGCAUCAAUCAUCGGCGUUGUCACCUUAUUUGCAUCAGCAUCGCAACUCGGCUUCUAUGUUGAGACUGGAGGAGAGAUCAGAUGGUCUGCGGCCGGCAACUUUGCGCGUGAUUCAGCGGGGUUGAAGUUAUUGGCUUCUGGGUCCGUUGGCGUUGGAUUGUGUACGGCUGGCCUCACCUUCAUCGCCACCCUGUUGAAUCCAUGGCUUUACCAAUGGGUCGGGUCGCUAUUAGACUUCGCUAGAAAUGUCUUCAGCAGGACUUCGUCAUACUCGCAGAUCGAGCAGACUAUUCAGCCAUAUCAGGAUGAGCCGAGCGGCACCCAAGCCUUGACCGACAUCGAGAAGACGAGUACAGCAGUUGUCGUGCGAAAGACGCUGUGGAGGGUAAUAUUCGUCGGCCUUUCCGGUCUUGUGGCAGUGUUGCAGAUAGUCAGGCCCCGACACUCGCCGUUCGCUCACUUAUCGACAACCUUGCCGUUCACGCUGUAUCAGAUCUUUGACGCUGGAGAGGCUGCUGUUUGUGGAGCAAACGCCAUCCCGAUUCCGUUCCCAAAGCCGGAAUUGCUUGCGUCGCUUGGCCUAGGCCGCCCGGCGCUUGGUAACAGUUCGUGGAUCGGUCAGCAUUACAGUGUUCCGAAUUGGCUCCCAGACUACCGCAUAGGCGGGUUCGAUCGGUUCUACUGGCAGCCCGUGAACAAUAGCGAUGAUGAGUGGAUGCCAUACAGCGCAACGAUGGAUCCUUUAAAGGUGUCGAAUGCUGAGGAAGAACUGCUGGAGCCGUUGCGCGAAGCGUUUGAAGAAAAUGACGUGCUCAUCAAACACGUCGUCCUGUUUCACCUCGAGAGUACCAGACUGGACGCAUUUCCACUUACGAAUGAGUCCCAUCUGCAUCAGGUCCUGGCGAAGGAAAGCGACAAUGACAUGGAAGGAUUGAAUGCGCGUCUCGCCUCGAUCUCAGAAAACGCCGAACUGUUGACCGGAGUGGACGGCCACCUCGGCGCAUCUAAGAGCAGUGCUUCGGAAGGAUGGCGCAGUCAUCUGCGGGAGGGUCGUGGUGGCUUGAACGUGGUUGGGUCGGUCACAGCUGGAACAGCCACCCUCAAAAGUCUGAUUGGCAGCAUUUGUGGCGCACAGCCGCUCCCAGUCGAUUUCACAGAAGAGGCGGACUUGACCAUCUACCAGGCUUGCUUGCCGCAUAUCUUCAACCUCUUCAGCCAAGGCAAGGACCUGGUCGAUGGGGCUUCCAAUGCUCGAGUCAAGGUGUUGCAGCGGCCGUGGCGUUCGGUGCAUGCCCAAGCCAUCACGGAUCGGUUCGAUCGCCAGGACGUGCUGAUGGACAACAUGGGCUUCAAUCAGUCUAUCGCUCGCCAUUACCCGCCUCAGGAGCCGGAAGCAAACUACUUCGGGUUCCCGGAAACGGAGCUGAAGCCGUACAUUCGCGACCUCUUUGAACAGGCGGAACAGGAGGGAUCGCGUCUCUUUCUCUCGCAUCUGACCAGCACGACCCAUCAUCCAUGGUCUGUACCCGAGUCGUUCGGCACCGACGAGGAGUAUCUCAGCAGAUGGGGCUGGCACGAGGAACGCCCACUGAACCGCUAUCUGAAUACCCUCCGCUACCAGGACCGAUGGAUUGGGGAGUUCAUGGACGUCCUCGAGGAGCUUGAUGUACUCGAUGAGACACUGGUCGUCUUUGCCGGAGAUCAUGGAAUGGCUUUCCGAGAGGACUGCGAAGCGUUGACAACAUUCGAGAACCCGCACAUCAUCAAUUUCCAGGUCCCGCUCCUGUUCUUCCAUCCACAGCUGCCUCGAAUGCAAGUCAAAGCUUCCAGCUCCUCCUUAUCGAUUCUUCCGACGAUACUAGACCUGCUCGUUCAGUCUGGCAGUCUGGACAAGCAUGAUUCAGUUGCUGCUUCCGACCUCGUUCGCGAAUAUGAAGGCCAGUCGCUCAUUCGCCCCUACAUCGCAGAAGAUGCCGGCAGAGAGUCAUGGCAUUUCAGCAUCAUCAAUGCUGGCGCAGCACUUCUCUCUGUCGCAUCAGCUGCUGUACCCUGGCGACUCGUCAUGCCGCUCUGCAAAACCGUGCCGUAUAGAUUCACGAACCUCGAGCAUGACCCAGCCGAGAUCCACCCGGUCGAGGCCUGGACCAUGGAUGAGAUGCAAAGCUUGGUGGUUGGGAAGGAGGGAAUAGAUGCCAUGAAAUGGUUACGAAACGCGGAGAGAAUGGGUAUGUGGUGGGCAGGAGAGCAGAAGCGGAAAUGGCGAUACAGCGGGGCCAGUCUCCAAGAUGAUAAGGCACCUCAAAAGCAUGCUGGUGUUGGUCAGCUUCAGCAUGACCAUUGGUGGAACACCUGA